AUGUCCUCGGAACCAUAUAAGAACGUCUACUUGCUACCCCAGACGAACCAAUUGCUAGGUUUGUACACCAUCAUCAGAAAUAAAAAUACAACUAGACCUGAUUUCAUUUUCUACUCCGAUAGAAUCAUCAGGCUGUUGGUUGAAGAAGGUUUAAACCAUCUUCCUGUGCAAAGGCAAAUCGUGGAAACUGACACCAACGAAAACUUCGAAGGUGUCUCAUUUAUGGGUAAAAUCUGUGGUGUUUCCAUUGUCAGAGCUGGUGAAUCGAUGGAGCAAGGUCUAAGGGACUGUUGUAGAUCUGUGCGUAUUGGUAAAAUUUUAAUCCAAAGGGAUGAAGAGACUGCUUUACCGAAGUUAUUCUACGAAAAAUUACCAGAGGAUAUCUCUCAAAGGUAUGUCUUCCUAUUAGACCCAAUGUUGGCCACCGGUGGUAGUGCUAUCAUGGCUACAGAAGUCUUGAUCAAGAGAGGUGUCAAGCCAGAGAGAAUUUACUUCUUAAACUUAAUCUGUAGUAAGGAAGGUAUUGAAAAAUACCACGCGGCUUUCCCAGAGGUCAAAAUUGUUACUGGUGCUCUGGACAGAGGUUUAGAUGAAAACAAGUACUUAGUUCCAGGUUUGGGUGACUUUGGCGACAGAUACUACUGUGUUUAA